UCUCUCUCUCUCUCUCUCUCUCUCUCUCUCUCUCUCUCUCUCUCUUCCUGUUUGGACAAAUGCUUACUUUAAAUCUAAUAUCAUCCUCUCCUAUCACUUUCGCCAAAUCUAUCCCCAUUAAUUCUUCUCCACUUUUUAUUAGGACUCAAAACCGUGAGUACUUAAACUCUCCUCCUGCUCUCCUCAACAAAACCACCUUUCUUAUUCCUACCAAAAUCCAUGGAUACCCACUUGGGCUCACUCCUCAGAUCCAGGAUUCAAGCGUCAAAAAUGAAUACCUUUUGGGGAUUUCUUCAAAAAACAGAUCUUUGAUUGCUAAAGCAGCAGCUGCUGAAUCAAACCCGGAAGGAGAUGGAAGAACAAAGCCCAACAAGACCCUCAAACUUGCGCUAGUGUUUGGUUUGUGGUACUUUCAAAACAUUGUUUUUAAUAUCUACAACAAGAAGGUAUUGAACAUCUUCCCUUUUCCUUGGCUUUUAGCCUCCUUUCAGUUAUUUGCUGGCUCUGUUUGGAUGCUGAUUUUAUGGUCCCUAAAGUUGCAACCUUGCCCAAAAAUUACUAAACCAUUUAUUAUUGCUCUUCUUGGACCUGCAUUGUUUCACACAAUUGGUCACAUUUCAGCUUGUGUGUCUUUUUCCAAGGUGGCUGUGUCUUUCACACAUGUUAUCAAAUCAGCUGAGCCUGUAUUCUCUGUUAUUUUCUUAUCCUUUCUUGGGGAUACUUAUCCAUUAAAGGUCUGGCUUUCCAUUCUUCCCAUUGUUUUUGGUUGCUCUCUUGCUGCUGUCACUGAAGUUUCCUUCAAUUUUGGUGGUCUGUGGGGUGCUAUGAUUAGUAAUGUUGGUUUUGUUUUGAGGAAUAUUUUUUCUAAGAAAAGUUUGCAGAAUUUCAAGGAAGUGGAUGGAUUGAAUUUGUAUGGUUGGAUCAGCAUAAUCUCAUUGUUUUAUUUGUUUCCGGUUGCGAUAUUUGUGGAAGGUUCUCAAUGGAUUCCAGGCUAUCAUAAAGCAAUUGAAGCUGUUGCCAAACCAUCUACGUUUUACAUAUGGGUGUUGCUUUCUGGAAUUUUUUACCAUCUAUAUAACCAAUCGUCUUACCAGGCUCUUGAUGAUAUCAGUCCAUUGACCUUUUCGGUAGGAAAUACUAUGAAGAGAGUGGUGGUUAUUGUGGCUACUGUUUUGGUUUUCAGGAAUCCUGUUAGGCCUUUGAAUGCGCUUGGAUCUGCCAUUGCGAUAUUGGGCACAUUCUUGUACUCACAGGCUACAGCUAAGAAGAAAGUUGAAGGUGAAAAGAAGAGUUAAAGAUUCAGUUGGGCUGUUGACAAUUUUCUUGUUUGAUCUGAUAACAUUUUCAUUUUUGUCCUAUUAUCUCAUUUCACAAUUAUAAAAUCUUAUCAAUGCUUAGAAAGUUUUUCUUUUUCUUUUCUAUGUUUUUAUGACGAUAUGUUUUCUCUAUGUUGCUUCUUGAUUUAUGUUUGGUUGGAAUCUAUUAUUGUUAUAUAUUCCAAAGGUUAUCUGAGUAGGCUGUUCUAAUUCGGAGCCAACAUUGGAUUAUAAUUCCAUAUUUUCUUAAUUUCAGGUCUUGAAUUGUUGUCCUGUUAUCUUAUUUCACAAUAAUAAAAUCUUAUCAAUGCUUCGAA